AUGACGGGCCAGCACGAAGACACGCUUUUCUGCUACGUCAGAUUCAACUGUCACUGCAACCAAACCCAUAUCGGCGAUCAAGUUUGUCUGCUGGGGAGCACAGCGUCGCUAGGGAACUGGUCUUUUUCGCAUCGCCUCACACUGACCACCUCCCCGGAACUGUUUCCCCUCUGGCGCACGGAGUGCCCAGUGCUCCUUCCGGCGAAUUCCGAAGUUCGCUACAAAUUCUUGAUUUGCAGAGAAGAUGCGCCUCUCUGUCUCGCUUGCCGCUACGGCGGCUCGCCGGGACGUCGCGGCUCUUUCGGCGCACGCAAGCUCGCGAGCCUCCGCCGCUCGCUCGGGCUGCGCCGCCCUCUUCCCCCGCCAUCUUCGUUCUCGCCAGCCUCUCCGUCCUUCGCAGGCCACCGAGAUGGAGAGUUCUUUCCAGGCCGCCGAGACACAGAGAGUGCCUCCGAGUCUCUGUCCGGCUUGGACAGCGACAGCGAGAGCAGAGUAGACAGAGACGAUCCUCUUCUGUCUCCGCCCAUCAGAAGCCGCGCAGACGUCGAGGGGCGCGCGGGGGCCAUCUGGCGAGGUCGAAGAGCCCAGGGCGCAAACGGGCGUUGUGGGGAGUGGAGAGCAGACGCCUGUCCCCAGAGAGAGGCGCUGGGCCUUGCACUCACAGUCGACGCAGUGAGAAGUCAAGCGUGUUGCGGGGCAGUGAUGAAGGGAGAAUGGGAAGCUCCAAAAAGAUGGGAAAGCAUCCGAGGCGUACAGGGCGACCGCGUGCUCCGCGUGGCCACACACGCCCUGGAGGUCUUUGACACUUUCGGCGCCGAGCCCGCCGCGCCUUCUUCCACGCGACAGGCCAGUGCAGCGCUCCCCAGUGCGCCCGCGCCCGCUCAGGCUGCCCCGCCUCUCGCAGGGUCUCCGCGUUUGGCAGGCUCUCGGGAGGACUGUUGGUACAUCUCGCCGGGAAGUUGCCUGUUUGCAUGCGACAGCGCAGAGGCCGUGGAGAGAAGAAGCUCGCAGAGCCGUGAGGCGGCUUCUCUCGCACGCGAACAAGCCCGGAGCGGCGUCCUGCCCUGUCUCUCGCACCGAGAGGGUUCUCUCUCGCGCUCUGCAGCUGCGUCGGGUUUCAACCGCACCAGCCUUCGCCGUCACGUCCCCCCUCUGAAGCUCCCCGCCGACCUCUCGCACUCGCCACUGUCAGGCGCCUCUCCGCACUACGGCCCUACCCCCUCCUCUUCUCGUUCCCAUUCGUACUUCUCGCGGCUCAAGCGUGUGGAGGGCGCUGAGGUUCGACACGGCGACUCGCCCAGACUCAGCGGCUGGCUGACCUCGGCCCUCCCCGAAGUCUAUGGCGGCCGGAGGCGCAGCAGCGUCUCCACGAGUGAUGUCCCUCCCUUCUCCGCGCGUUUGGCUUCGCUGCAUGCACAGGUCCCCUCUGGAGCGACGCCUCGAAAGGUGCCCCUAUCGCCUCUCGCCUCAGACUCCUUUCGCUCGGCGCUGCAGUCCAUGGCUGCGUACUACCCGGCGCACGGGCUCGCCGACCUCGCUCCGACCGCGUUGGGCUCCACUCCCCGCGGCUGCGCGGGAGGCCCGUCGGAGACAGCUAACGGGGCGACGGCGACCGGGCCUCCGAAGCGCGCCGAAGCCGCGCAAGCUCGCGGCCUGCUGAACGCUGAAAGAGAAGGAGAGGCUCGGUUCUCGCUCGGGAUCGAAGGUCCGAAGGAACGUCGCACGGCGGCCGGCGCUACCACGCCGUCGCGUCUCCUCGCCUCCUGCGUCUCUGCGCCGCCUCGCGAGGGCGCAGCUCUGGCGGACGCUCCACAAGUGGAAGGAAGAGAAAGCGCUGUCAUUAAAGGAGAGCAACGCGCGAGAGAGGGAGAUACGGACGACAGCAGAGGCACGGGAGAAGGCGCUUCGUUUCUCCUCUCAAAGACGACGCAUGCCAUCCAGGACGCCGCACUCGUCGUAACCGAAGCUGCCUUUGCGCGCCUGGAACAACGCCUCGUCCAGACUGUGCAAGCUGUAUGUACUCCGCGUGUGUCCGGACUCACGGAAGGCAGAGAAGCGGAGGCGACCUCGCCGCGAGGCACGAACGGGGCGAGCGAUGGGAAAGAGGGCCGUGAAGAGAGCUCAGAAACUCCAGGCGCAAGCUCAUGCAGAAGCAGAGAGCGAGCAGAGAAACCGGCGACUCCCGCGUCUUUUGUUUCGGGUGCACAGAGCUCUCCUGAGAGGAAACGAGAAGGGAAGGACGAUGAACGCGAGCAGGAGAGAGGAGCGCUUGGGAUACGAGGCCGAGGUCGGACAGACGCGCUGGGUCGGACGACAGAGAGGAGACGCGUGAGCUUUGCCCGACGGAAAGGAAUGCCCGCAAGGUCUCUCAAGAGCCUCAGAGCUUCUGUGCGGAAACAAGGCGUGUCUCUUCUCUCCACCAUCGAUGGCAGCGAGCAUGGUGCAACAGACCUCCACAGACAGGCUGGCGAAGGCUGGGCUCUGCUGGGAACGAAUCAGAGAGGAGAGGAGGCGAACGAAAGAGAAGGGGAAAACGAUGGAGACGGCGCGAGAGAAGAAGAAACUGGAGAGACAUCUUGUCUCUCUACGCAUGUGUCGCUGUCUUCCUUCUCUUCAGCGCCCCACCCUGGUGCCGACCAGCCCCCCCAGCGGACACCCUCGGGUGACGCUCGCAGUGUCAGAGCCUCUUCUGCUCUGUCUCUUCCUCUCCCUUCCCCAGACUCAGAGUCGACGAGGAAGGAAAACGUAGACGAGCAAGAAGAGACAGACGGGCAGAGAGUGGGCGAGAAGGUAGAGGGAAAGGUAGACAAAAAGGUAGAAGAGAAGGAAGAGGGCAGGGAGAAGGCGAGUGAAGAGCACCUGCACGCGCAACUAUCGUCUUUGAACGACCAAGUGACAUGUUUGUCUUCCUCACUAUUUGAAAUUCGGAGAGAGCAAGCGUUUUCUCGGCAGCUCCUUGCCUCUCUGUGCGGCUGUCUCGAGCGAGCUCUGGAGGAGCGACAGGAGACAGGGACUGUGCUUUCUGGUUUCCCUUCCCGCCGGGGUCACACGCCUCGGGUGCCCAAGCGAAGAGGGAGUGACCUGGUCUCCUUUCAGCUAGAGACUUCUGAGACCCAGAGAGAGGUGAACAGCGAAGGCGAGCCGGCGGCGACAAGAAACGGAAGAGCGGAAGUCCCUGGAGGAACGACUUGCGUCGUCCCUCGUCGUAGACUCGGAGAAGCAAAUGAACACGACAAAGCUAAAGGAGAGGCAGAAAGAGCAGGAGAAGGAGAGGACGGAGGAGGAGAGAAAGUAGGAGAGCGUCAGGGCGAUUCAGGUGUCGCCGGCGCGGAGUGUGAAGAGCGAGGAGAAGGAAAACGAGAGGGAGGACGAGAAGACUUGGAAUUUUCAGAGGGGAGCGUCGUGCCGGUGUAUGCUCUGGAUGUUCUUUCUUCGCGAUGCGAGAGCGAAGAAGAACAAGGCCUUGACGAUACGCCAGGGGGCGAAGAAAGACCGAGGCGAUUAGGAGUGUGA